AAUGCUUAAUUUAUUAGUCUCUGCUGCUUUGCCUUGUUCUUCUUCCUCCACAGAUUUUCUUGAGUUCCCUUAACACCGAAUGAUGAAGGAAAUGAGGUCUGCUUGGAACCCCUUUUUCCUUCAAAAACACAAAAACCAAGCCUUGCUCAAGUGUCUACUCUCAUUUUUCUUGGUGGGUCUUGCUCUUCGCCUUCUCUUUUCUGAUUCUUUCAGCUUAUUGUCAGUGGUACAGACACCUCCUGCUCCGAAAAACGACAAAUCAGAGUCCCCUGUUCUUUUUCCUCCUCCUCAAGUUCUUGAUUCUGUUGAUUUUCCGGGAAACCAGAACCAAACGUCCCUGAAAGUUUCAGAGAAAUGUGAUCUUUUUGUGGGUGACUGGGUCCCGGACCCAUCUGGUCCAUUGUACACCAACGAGAGCUGCAAUGUGAUUGAAGAUCAUCAAAACUGUAUGAGAAACGGACGUCCUGACAAAGGUUACCUAUACUGGAGGUGGAGUCCUAGGGACUGUGAAUUACCCAAAUUCAAUCCACCAAAAUUUCUUCAUCUCAUGAGGGAUAAAUCCUUGGCUUUUAUUGGUGAUUCCAUCUCUCGUAACCAUGCCCAGUCCCUACUUUGCAUACUCUCACAGGUGGAGCCAGCUCUUGAGAUCUACCACGAUGAGGAAUACAGAUCCAAGAUAUGGAAGUUCCCCACUCACAACUUCACACUCUCAUUAAUAUGGACCCCUUUCCUUAUAAAAUCAGCCAUAUUUGAGGACAUAAAUGGAGUCUCCUCCUCAGAAAUACAGCUUUAUCUUGAUCACCUUGACAACAAAUGGACCAGCAAGUACGAGGAUUUUGAUUAUGUUGUAAUCGCCGGAGGCAAAUGGUUUCUGAAGACUGCAAUAUACCAUGAGAAUGACACGGUCACCGGCUGCCAUUAUUGCCCAGGAAAGAAUCUAACAGAGUUAGGGUUUGACUAUGCAUACCGGAAAGCACUAAGACUGGUUUUUGACUUCAUCAAAAACUCUUCCCACAGUGCUAUGGUUUUCUUCAGAACCACCACACCAGACCACUUUGAGAAUGGAGAAUGGUUUAGUGGAGGGUACUGCAAUAGAACAGUUCCCUUCAAGCAAAAUCAGAUUGAUCCCAGCGAUGCAGAUUCCACCAUGCGUGAUAUUGAGCUUGAGGAAUUUCAGAAUACUGCAUCCCAGGGACUCAACCAUGGUGCAACUUUGAAACUUCUGGACACAACUUUCCUCUCACUCUUAAGGCCAGAUGGACACCCAGGACCGUACCGGCAGUACCAACCAUUUGCAAGGGAUGGGAAUGCUGAAGUUCAGAAUGAUUGUUUGCAUUGGUGCUCGCCGGGACCGAUCGACUCAUGGAACGAACUGUUAAUGGAAAUGCUUGUCAAUGACGGAUAAUUUUGAAGCUCAACAGUGUGUUUGGAUGGCUGAAGCUGGUAGGAAGCACAGCUUUGAUAAUCUGCAAGUGACGCUACCUGCUGCAAUGUAUUUUAUGGCAAAAUAUGACCAGUGGGGUUUGUGUUCAUCGGAGGAAAUACAAGAAAGGUUUCGUUUGGUAGCAAGCAGGCCAUUCAUACAUUUUCCUUCGCCUUGUUUGCAAACUGAAAUUUCAACCAGUAAUUCUUGUAAUUUUAUUAAUGGCACCACAAGAAAAUAGUUGUCAUUAUAAUAUAAAGCAUGGCAUUUUUGCUUAAUCAUUUAUCUUCAA